AUGCCUAUCUUUCAGAUUCAUAACAGUGGGGGCGAAAUAGAGGACAACACCGCACAACUAGAGUUACACAGACAAAAGCGUGAAGGCAUGUCGCCAGAAUACACAAUUGCUGUUGAGAUAAACUUUGUAGACACCUCACUCCAGGAGGACCUCAGAAGGUUUUUCAACCUUAGUCUCCCAGUUUCAGUCCCACAUUCAGAUAUAAGCAUUUCACAAAUUAAUAUUACUACUGUGUGCAACUCAGCUGGCACUAAUCUUUCUCAUUGUUUCUGUGAACCUGAUUAUGAAUGGUCUGACGAGAUCUGUAAAGCAUAUCCUGUCUGCCAUAAUACUACAACUGCAGUGGAAAGAGCUGCAACCUGUAUUGCACAGCUUCCUGCUCAAGGGACCUUUUGUCAACUUCAAUCAGAAGAUAUUCCUUCAGUGCUCAUAACAAACAUGUCUGUCCGACUUGAUAUACCCUUCAAGAAUGAUCUAUGGGAUUCAUCCUCUGCCUUGUUCAAACAAUACAAACAUGAUCUUGAGAAGGCAUUUAUUGAGGGCUAUUCAACUUUACCGGGUUUCAUAAAUGCAACAGUUACAGGAUUCAGGCCUGGAAGCGUCAUGGUUGGCUAUGAAGUAACCUCAGCAAGGCAGAUCCCGCUUGAAAAUGCACAUCCCAAGAUAGCUGCUCUUUUAUAUUACCCCUACAACUUAGCAUCUUCCACAUUUGCAACAGAAAUCUUUGGUAAAGUAAAAUCUCUAUUUUCUCCUGAACACGUUUUCGAGGGAGAUACAGUAAAAAUAACCUGCACGACAGAAGAUACUUCAAGAAAGGUGUCCUGGAGUUAUAAUGUCAUCAUGUCUGACAGGUUUACAUUGACAGAAGAGAUUAUGGGAAGCAAGAUAGCAACCCUGACAAUAAUAGACAUCAAGCUGAACGAAUCAGGUAAUUUUACUUGCAGUUUUAAAGACGACUCAGAGAAAUUGCCCUCAAUAUACAGAGGUGAAGUUAAUGUAGUGGUCUCUCAAAUUAAACUUGUGCCAUCAGAAAAUGUUUCUAUUAUCUGUGAUGGUACAGAUAUAAAAGAACUGAGCUGCUGCACAGAUAGAGACAUACAACUUUUCUCUAAUUGGAGACCCAACGGAGCAAUAAAUAUUUCAGGAAGCACUAAUUCAAUGAACAACUGUACCAUCUACUUGCUGAAGGCUAGUGAAUCUCAAUGUCCAGCAGAUAAGUCUGGUACCAGCACUGAUUACACAUGUGAGCUAAAUACCACCUAUGGUGCUCGUGCCAAUAGAAUAAUCAAAGUGACAUUUUUUCGUGUGGCAAAAAUAACCCUUUCAAGUUCAAAGGACAUUGUUUCCGAGGGAGAUGCUUUCUUUUUAACAUGCCAGAGUGAUGUGAGCAAUUAUGACACAAUUGUUUGGAAAAUUCAGAAUGGCAGGACUAUAAAGGAAAUAGGUAGUAUGUGGUACACCACCACGAAGAGCUCCACAGAUGCCACAUCUGUGCUAACUGUACCUAGGGCAAACCAGGACUGGACUGGCAUCUAUACAUGCAACUUUUCCCAAAGUUUUUUGAGCAGCUUUGGAAAUAUAACAAUUAAAGUUAUUCCGUUGCUCCAGCCUCAAGAGAUCAUAAGAGAUCCCAUAGAGACAGUAGUUUCUUGUCCAGAAACAAGACGUCUGGAAUGUUGUACACACCGGAUGGAAAAUUACACUGUUUAUUUUUUUUCUCAUGAUCACUAUAUUAGGGCAGAAAAAAGAAGAAUAAAUAAUCUCAAUUGCUACUAUUCCAUACAAAGUUUCACAGACAUACACUGCAUCAGAAGGAUAGCACUCCAGAUGCAUUGUAUGUUUAUGAAUGAAAUCAAUCAAAAUGUGACAAGUCCAGCUAUAGUCCUACGUUUUAUACCAGCAAAGAAUGUAGUGUGCAAUUCCUCAGACAUUGGUGUGGGAGCAAAUGAAGCACAGAUCAUAAAGCCUUGCUUAAAUUUGCAUGGGACAAGUAACUCUGUGAGAGGAAACAUCAUUUAUAGAUGUGAUCGUACUAAAUGGACUGUUCAUAGAAACAACUGCCUGGCUGGUCCCAUCAAUGACCUUUUGAAUUCUGCUGAGUCUUUGGCCUCCAGUCCAGACUCCCAGGAGAAGUUGCCCUCAUUCCUUAAAAAAAUGAAAGAAACCACCGAGCAGACACAGGCGGAAAUAAACAAGUCUGCUGCAAACCUAAAUGCUGUUCUUGAAACCCUGACUUUGGUAUCAACCAUACCAGUAGAGGCGAAUGAAGAGAAUAUGGGAAACUUUGGGUCUACUGUAGAAGCUAUUAUCACCAGUCCAACAGAAACUUGGAAAUAUGUACAGAAUGGGACUUCUCAAUUACUUGGUUCGGUAGAACAAUUUUUAGAAUCACUCCAACCAAUUAACAAUAUUCCUUCAAUCAUACAGAAAAGUCUUCAAAUCAAAGGAACUGUUCUUGGCGAAAGCAAUCCCUCCAUUUAUAACAGCAGCUUUGCUUUUUCACAGUCUGCAGGCCUCAUGGGAAGUGUGCUUAUUGAGGGUGCAUAUUUUGAUACUGAGAAAUCAAUCACGAUCGUCAGUGUGGCUUAUUCAACACUUGAACGUAUCAUUCCACAGUAUAGAAAGGAAAUAAAUAGUUUGGUAAUGUCGACAGUAAUAAAUCCCCAAAUAAAUGAGGAUUUCCAGAUCAAAAUGGCUUUUGCAAAGCGUGAAAAGGCCAUGAACAAUCCACAAUGUGUCUUUUGGAAUUUGUUUAGGGCAGAAGAAGGAGACUGGGAUGAUACGGGCUGUGAAACUAAGGAUGACGGGGACAGUGUCAUUUGCUCUUGCAAUCACACAACUUCCUUUGCCAUGCUCAUGUCUCCCGAUGAGGAAACGUCACUGGAUGAACUGACUUAUAUCACUUACAUUGGCCUGAGCCUUUCUAUAGUCAGCCUGAUUAUUUGCCUUGGAAUAGAACUGGUUGUGUGGAAAUCAGUCACUAAAACAAGAAUUGCAUACAUGCGCCAUGUUUGUAUUCUGAACAUUGCAGUUUCUCUCUUGAGUGCAGAUAUCUGCUUCAUUGUUGUUGCUGCAACACAUGACCAAAAUUAUGCAGUGGAGGGGAAUCUUUGCAUAGUGGCAACUUUUUUCGUUCACUAUUUCUACCUCUGUGUCUUCUUUUGGAUGCUCGCUUUGGGACUGAUGCUCUUCUAUCACUUGGUCUUUCUUCUACACAAUGCAAGCAAAACCAUCAUGAAAACCCUUGGCUUCUGCUUGGGAUACAUCUGUCCUCUAAUAAUAGCAGCCAUCACAAUAGCCAGCACCCUAUAUUCUUCUUACACAAGGAAAAAGAGCUGCUUUCUCAACUGGGAGGAAAGCAAAGCCGUCUUAGCCUUAGUGAUUCCUGCCAUGAUCAUUGUUGCUAUUAAUGCUAUUGUUACUGUUGUGGUUAUAGCAAAAAUAUCAAGACGUUCAAUUGGGGAAAAGUCCAUCAAUGAAGAAAAGAGUUCUUUGUAUCGAAUUGCCAAGAGCAUUGGUGUACUGACACCACUGUUAGGUCUUACUUGGGGAUUUGGACUGGCCACAGUUGUUCCAGGAAGUCCCAAAAUAUUCCAUAUGUUAUUUACUUUUCAAUGCCUUUCAGUUUUUGCCAUUGGGGUUAUUUUAUUAGGAUUAUUCAUUCUGUUGGGUGGAACUCUCUGGGAUAAGAAGGUACGAGAAGCUAUACGGAAUAAAUAUUCUUGGUGCAGGUGGAGUUCACAACACUCAAAGUCAACAUCACAAGGCAUGUCGGCUCCUGCACUUUCCAUCAAUUCAACUGUUUCAAAGUUAAAUAAUUUGUUUGGUAAACAGAAAAUACCAAGUCUCUUUACGGAAUCAUCAACUAUAUUGUCUGAAGCACUUCGAAGGCACAUUACACUGACUGACUUCUAA